CAUGUCGGGUUGCUCGAACUUUUUUUUACAUCAAAGAAAAACAUAAAAGCUCCGGUUUGUUAGUCUGUUGUUAAGCCUUCGCAAAAGCAAUAGGAACUAAUACACGACCGCAAAUGAGUGUGCAUCCCAUCAUCAAGUGCUAGCUAACACUAGCGACCGACGAAGUCAAGUGUGUAGGAUCAAUAAUCUCCGUCCAUUUCGCUAUUAUUGUGUCGUGCUCGUUUGUGACGUUCAUUCGCUGAACGAAAUACAUCACCACCACCUCUAUUAUAAGUGUUUAAAUCCUACAAAAUGCCAACCGAAGCAAUAUUACUAGCCCUAGUCGGGUUAAUAUCAAUCGUUGGAACGUCGCCACUGGUUGGAAACCCAACGAUAAGGGCAGCAGCACAGACAGCCUAUGUUGCAGCGCCGCAAGGAGGUUCAUUAAACGUGAGUCAAACCAUGGGGCAGGAUUCUCUACUUCAACAUUUGCAAGCCUACUGCAGCAAAUCUAUCAACGAUGCCGGCUGCUUGGCGUACAAAGACAUGAUGGGAGUUGCGAACAAGUACAAAGUACCCAACAUUGAGCAAAGCAUCGCCGAGGAGUUGGCAAGAAAGCUGUCGCCAUCUGAAGCGGAUGAAUUUUGUAGCCAGUUGUCGAAAACGCUCAAAAAUUUGCCUCCAAGUCUGUCGACCAAGGCGUUGGAACCAUUCGGAAGCAUUCCCACCUGUGUAAGGUCUUGCUAUACCAAGGACUACGAGCUGGAAGAAGUUUGUCGAGCACUCUUUGUAGGAUAUAAGUUGAUACCGCAAUCGAUCGGCAAAGAGGAAACCGAACAGCAGCAUCAUCAGUUAAUGCCAAUUCCAGAUGACAGUAAAGCAGAUUCAUCAAAACAUCACCGCGAUUUUGAGAAAAUAGUUCCGGCUGUAGCAAAAGUAAACAGUCUACCGGCCGUCGAGGCGAAAGACAAGGCCGCAAUCACUCCCGGUACUGACAUCGACAAGUCUGCUAGAAAGGAUGCUUCCGAGGAGCUCCCCAAAUCCGCCGUCAUACCAAACCAGCCACCCGCUGACAUUACCAAACCAAACAAGCAGGCAGAACAAGGAAAAGACAGCGAUAUGGCCGAUGCUGGUGCUGCAUUAAAUACGGCGGAAAAAGCACAUAAAGAAUCAGUGCCGAGCCCAGUGCAGUUGCCCCACCAGAAACCAGUUCUACCGGAGAAGAGCGAAGGCGAUCUAGAACAACAGCAAGGUGGAUUGGACGGUGCUGUCGCAGGUGAUGUGGCUCCAUUCGAUGACGAACCCAAACAAGCGGCCGAACAGGAUGCCAAAGGUGGCACUCCGCCGGUGUAUGAAACUUCGGACGAAUCUGAGGGCAUCGCUUCUGCUGAAGACGUCAACGAAAACGGAGACGACUUGGAGCUUAACGGGUUUCAACCCGUGGGUAAGCCGGAUUUGCAAGAGAAAGCAAAACCAGACGAACUGACGGACAGUUCAAAGGCGAGUGACAUCGUGCCGGGUGCGGAUCCAUUUUACGAGCAGAAGGAUUCGAACUUUUUCUCCUACUUCCUGUUUGCCAUGUUCAGCUGCGCCAUGCUCUACGUCGCAUAUCACAACAAAUCGAAGCUGCUGGCCCUGGUCGUCGAAGGACGACGGACGAGUAGCGGGCGGGGUGGGUUCAGCAAGGGACGCAAACAUACGGCCGCCUAUCGCAAACUGGACUCCAACCUGGAGGAAGCAAUUACAUCGGGCAACGGUUCUGGUGCACAUUCGUCUUCACAGAUCAUCUACUAAAAGACACUAUAGAGCAUUGCCUGCGUGUGUAUCUAAAGCGCUCAUUCGUUCCCUUCGUCCCCCUUCCCAGGUUGAGUGGGAUGGGUUCUGUGUAAAUAUCUUCCAUUCAUCGUUCCUUACGUUU